UCUGGAAGUGGUUUAUGGGGCUCUUUCACUACGCCAGUGCAAUGUCUGGAUUCUGAGCACCUUCUCAGAGGCAGAAAAAGGAAAGAAAAACCAGCACCGCUCCAAAGUACACUUGAAGGAUUUGAAAAAGGAUUCCCAAUUUAAAAGCAUUACUGUGGCCCUUUAAGGCUCAUGUACCUAGGAUUUCCAAGGGGAGUCAUGGGCAAGGCAGUUUUGGCAUGAGCGCUUGCAGUUUUGGGUGAGCUAGGAACCGAGUGUUGUCGCCCUGCAAUUCUUCUGGAGAAAGAAGCCGUGAGUGCUGUGCUACGUUUGAAAGAUUGCAGUUCUUAACCAAAGGAACAUAUGGCUCUGUUAAGGAAAAUUAAUCAGAUCUUAUUAUUCCUACUUGUUUUGACCAUCUGUGUCAUUCUGUAUAAUAAAGUUCACAAGGUGCCAUCUACAUUAAAUAAUGAAACAAUUGAUUUGGAGAGUCCUGAGGAAAUGGAAGAAGAAAUUCCAGUGGUGAUAUGUGCUGCUGCGGGUAGAAUGGGUGCAGCGGUAGCAGCAAUCAGUAGCAUCUACAGCAACACCGAUGCUAAUGUUUUGUUCUACAUAGUUGGCCUAAAGAACACAAUUCCACAUAUCAGAAAAUGGAUUGAAAAUUCCAAACUGAAAGAAAUAAAGUAUAAAACUGUGGAGUUCAACCCUAUGGUACUAAAAGGAAAAAUAAGACCAGAUGCAUCACGCCCUGAGUUACUCCAGCCUCUGAACUUCGUUCGAUAUUAUCUCCCCCUGCUUAUCCACAAACAUGAGAAAGUCAUAUAUUUGGAUGAUGAUGUGAUUGUGCAAGGUGACAUCCAGGAACUGUACGACACAAAGCUAGCUCCAGGCCAUGCUGCAGCUUUUUCAGACGACUGUGAUUUGCCUUCUACUCAUGAAAUGGUGAGAAGUGUAGGAAUGCAGAACACAUACAUGGGAUAUCUGGACUACCGGAAGCAAACAAUUAGAGAUCUUGGCAUCAGCCCCAGUACCUGCUCCUUUAAUCCUGGUGUAAUUGUGGCUAAUAUGACAGAAUGGAAGCACCAGCGGAUUACAAAGCAAUUAGAAAAAUGGAUGCAAAGAAAUGUAGAGACUCUUUUUUGCCUUUUCACAGAGAAAACCUCUACAGCAGCACCCUUGGGGGAGGUGUGGCCACCUCUCCAAUGCUCAUUGUAUUCCAUGGAAAAUAUUCUACUAUUAAUCCCUUGUGGCAUGUCCGACAUCUUGGCUGGAGUCCCGAUGCCAGGUAUUCAGAGCAUUUUCUUCAAGAAGCUAAAUUACUUCAUUGGAAUGGAAGGUAUAAACCUUGGGAUUACCCUAGUGUUCAUAAUGACCUAUGGGAAAACUGGUUUAUCCCUGACCCAUCAGGGAAGUUUAAAAUGAUUCGUCCCAAUAGCUGAUACUGAAAGACGUCUAAUAUGUUUAUGCCUUUAAAAAUAAAUCAGUUUCCAGCAA